AUGAACGAGACAAGGCUGUCGGGAACAGCACUCGUAGGAGAUGCAGAACGCACACUGAGUGCCAAAUACGUUUCUUUCUGUAUUGCCAUUUUGGUGCUCACCGCCGCGUUUUGGAGUUUUCUCCGCGACUCCAAGUCCCGCCUCAGACUCCCAGGACCACGGGGCAUUCCGCUGUUCGGCAACCUCUUCGAUAUUCGAAAUGGGCAUGCUGAGACAUUUAGCAAGUGGACAGAGAAGUACGGAGGCGUGUUUCGGGUAGUUCUGGGAAGCAAAGAAGUGAUAGUCCUGAACUCCCGCCAAGCAGUCGCAAAGACUUUGGUCAAGCAAGGAGCUAGCUUCCAAACCAGGCCUGAGUGGGACCUCUGGCACCAGACCUUUGUCCACAGCGCCGACACUGGCGGGGUCGUGACGAUCGGCACGGCUAAAUGGACGGCGGGCAUAUCGAAGCUACGGAAGCUGUUAGGGCCUCACACGAAUGCCCAAAAGCUCCCCAAAUACAAUCACUUUGUGUCGCGACGAUACCUACGUUUAGUCAAGCUGCUGGCUGACGCUCAAUCGAAGCCGCAAGACUUGGGUUUCUGCUGGUGGACCACGACCGUCGGGCUCGUGACAGAUCAACUCGUAGGCCACCUGCACGAUGAAGACUUUACCAAGCUCAUCUGCGAAACGGAAAUCGGCAUCUUCCGACUGAGAGCUCUUGGCUCGCCACUGAGCGACUGGGUGCCUUUCAUCCAGCUUUACGAGGGCCUGACUGGCGCUAUUACCUCUAAGCUGCGACGCUUCCUGAAGCUUGCCGGCGUCGCCGUCCCUCGACCGCUUCUGAACGACAAGGAAGAGUGGUGCAAUUCUCUGCGCUAUAACCAGACCAAGUAUUGCAAACAGCAGCUGCAGUCGCUCCACGAGCGCAUCGAGAAUGGCGACACGACUCCAUCACAGCUCGGCGAUCUCUUCCGCGCCCUUCCGGAGCCGCUGUCCGAGCACGACCAGUACCAAAUCAUCACCACGCUUUCCGGAUCGGGCAUGGCCAUUGGCACAACCCUCACCUGGUUAAUGGGCUACCUCGCUUCGCACCCUGAGCUCCAGGACAAAGCCUUCGGUGCGAUCCAGGAGGUGUACGGCGAUGAGGUGCCGGACCCCCACGACACGGACCGCGUCGAGUACAUCAAGGCUCUGGCGCUCGAGGCUGGCCGCUACUGGACGGCCAUUCGCCUGGGCUUCUUCCGAGAGACGUACAACGACUCCAAGAUUGACGACUACUCCAUCCCAAAGGGGACCAUUGUGGUCUAUAACUCGUUCCAGAUCAACCGAGAUCCCGCUGCGUACGACAGUCCCGAGAUGUUUAUACCAGAGCGGUGGAUGGAUGGGCAUCAAGGUCGUACCGAUAUCCCAGGAAUCGCGGGUGACAAGAUUGGCGUCCCACACAUGGGCCAUGGAGUUGGAAGACGACUUUGCCUCGGCGUUCCAAAUGUAAACAAGUCAUUCUACGGAGUUUUGUCCUUGGCGCUGCACUUUUUCAAAUUUGAGCGUGCCGAGCUCGAUGAAGAUGGCUUAAAAGAAGUGUUUCCUUCAUUCCGGGCCGCUCGACAGAGCACGGCAGCCAUGGACCCAAUCCACGAUCAAGUUUCGCUGUGUGAUGGUCAGGCCGCACCUUGCGCGACUGGGAUUCGUGUCGUGCCGAGGAACCCAGAGCGAUUAGCAGCGUGGAUCAGCGAGGGUCAUCAAACACUUCAAGAUUUUGCGGCAUCUUCAGUUUAA